CUGGGUUUCUACUUUCUAAACACGGAGCAGUAAAAUCAAGAGCUACAUUUUCGGUUACAUGCGACAUUUACAAUUAGGAUAUAAAUAUCUCUCCAAAAUAUCUGAAUGUAUUCACUGGCAUUAUCUUCCUCCGGUAAUGUAAUUUAGCCCCCCCGCAGAGUUGGGAUUAAUGGUUCAGUCCUUUUGGAGGCUUGAAAUUUUGCCACCGGCUUUCGUGUGAUACAGUUCAAACAUAAAGUGAGUCAGUAUAAGCCAGUAUAAACACAGUUUAUGUUUCAGCUAAUCGACCUAGAAAGUAUCUACAAAUGCUAAGUCCACACUACAAGUUAAACAAAUAUGAGAGCACUCAAUCUACCCUGUCCUUGGAUUCCUGUGAGUACUAUCAGAUGGAGAUAUUCGACCAGCUGCCUAGUAUUCAGGCUUCCCGGCCCGAGCAAAACAAACGAGGUGUUUUGGAAGCAUGUGAGGACUACCAGAGUGGCACAGAGGUGGAGGAGAAGUGGAGCCAUGGCCCUCUGCUCAAAGAACCCAGAAGAAAGAGAGACAAGGUGUCUAUGCAGCCACUCAGGAACCUGGCCAUGUGUAUUCAGGCAAAAAGAGAUGCCAGGGACAGGAGGAAAAUGCAAAUCAGCAAUAUUGGUUUUUGGGAGUCCUGGAGGCGGAGCCAGAGCAUCGCCAGAAAGAGGGUGUGGGCACAGAUGGGAGGAGCUUUAGCAGGCCUGUUGCCAUGGCAGCACACUCUCCACGCCAUUGAAGGCAGGUUUGGAAUAGGCGUGAAGGCCUAUUUUGUUUUCCUCAGAUAUCUGAUCUACUUGAACCUGCUCCACUGUGCUCUUAUCUGGGGUUUCAUUCUGGGGCCUACAACAUUUUAUGGCCGGAGCAACAGCAGUGAACCGUUGAAGUUUGGAGCCAAUGAUUCCAUUUUAGAUUUCUUCCAGGGGUCGGGCUACUUAUAUCGGUCCCCAGUGUUCUUUGGUUUUUAUACACGCGGUUCCCUGAAUUUGCCAUGCUUAAACACCCCUUUGCUGUACUUUGCUGGAAUUCUCACCAUCCUCUUCCUCAGUCUCAUCAUGGUGACCCGUAGAACGAUAGUGGGCUACAAGCACACCUGGUUGCUCGGGAAGCGUUACAGUAUGAAUGUGAGCUAUAAGAUCUUCUGUGGCUGGGACUUCACCAUCCAGGACUCUGCUGCAGCUGUUCUCAAACACAGCUUCAUCAGGAAUGACCUCAAGCUGUUCCUUGAGGAGCAGAGUUUCUCCCUGCGCGAGGCUGAGAGGACGCUUGGACAGAGAAUGCGUCUUUACCUGCUUAGGCUCGUCCUUAACAUGCUCGUUCUGACUCUGCUGAGUGCAGCCUUCUGCCUCAUCUGGUUUGCCACUGGAAAAUCAAAGGAUGAGCAUAGGCACAACUGGUUGGUCAGUCUGUUCCUCCAGUAUCUCCCCCCCAUCACCAUCACCUUUGUCAACCUGUUCCUUCCUCAUGUCUUCCAUAUGAUCUUGUAUUUCGAAGACUACUCCAUCACCACGCAGGUCAAUACAACACUUGUGAGGAGCAUCUUCUUGAAGUUGGCCUCGCUGGGAAUCUACUUAUUUUUUUUUAUCACACUGGCAGAACACCAGAAACAUGAGUGCAAGGAGAACCAGUUUGGUAGAGAGAUAUACAAGCUGUGCAUCUUUAACUUCCUUGCCACGUUCUGCAGCGCCUUCCUCUUGAACUACCCCAGAAAGUUGUUGCAGGAGAAGUACCCUGGAUCCUUGCUGGCCCGGUUGUUGGGAAAACAACAAUUCCUGAUUCCUUUGAAUGUGUUAGAUCUGGUGUACAGUCAGACAGUGACCUGGGUGGGAGUCUACUACUGCCCUCUGCUGCCUCUGAUAGGAACUGUCAUCUUGAUGGCCACAUUCUACAUCAAGAAGUUCACAGUCCUGCGGUGCUGUACGCCAGAACAGCGGCUGUUUCGAGCAUCCAACUCCUCGGUUUUAUUUCACUUCAUGUUGCUACUCGGUCUCCUCAUGGCUGCAGUCAUACUGGGCUUCAACCUCUACCAGCAAGAAGCCACACCAGACAAUAUGUCCUCCUGUGGUCCGUUUAGAAACAGUGAGACCGUGUUUAAUGUGACAGCAGUGUGUGUGGACAGUCUGCCCAGCUUGGCACAGAGCACUCUCCGCUACCUGGCAUCUGAGGCAUUUGCCCUGCCGCUCAUCCUAGCUGAGAUUAUAAUCUUAACCUCAUAUGUAUCCCGUGGACGAGCCAAUCAGAAGGCCAUCGAGAGGCUGAAAGAAAUGCUGGUUAUGAGCAGCUCAGAUAAGCGCUUCCUGGUGAAACAGCAUGCCACAAUGCUCAGACGUAAAAAAAACAACUUGCAGAGACCGUUGUGAAGCCACCAAAGACGGUGCGCCUGUGAGUCGCUGCAAAAGCCCCCUCCCCUUAUAUAUUCUGAUAAAAGCGUCCAAGCUGUCACAUCUGUCCGUCCACAGACACCCACUUCAAAAUAAAGCCUUGCUCUGGCUGACCACAGCUGGGUGGAGGCCUGGCGGCUGAAAAUAAAAAGCCAAAGGACUGACGAAUGCUCAUUUUCCCAGUAAAAUGUUACACAAAGAUAAGAACUGCAGUUUUUACAUUUUUCUGCAAAGGCUACAGCUGUUUUAAUUUACAGUCCACUUAAUCUCAGUCAGGUCAUUUUUUGUGUUCAUAUAUUUUAAAGAUUACUUUAUGUUGCUUGUGAGUGUGUUAAGCUCGAGUUAAACAUUUCAUAUAACUUUUUUUUUUUUUACUUUAUUCAGUGUAAAGAAAGAAUUUACACACUUGAAUACAUUCAUAAAUGCAUAAACAUAAUACUGUAUGUGUAGCUCUGUUCCAAAAUGU